CUUUUGCUUCACGCUUCGGAAGAGCUGGGUUUGGGGAAUUCGUGGAUGAAGAGGUGAAGAGUUUGGGGCGAGCUCUGAAGGUUUUGUGCCUGAUCUAGGUCCGAGGACGGGCAUGGAGAGCGAGCAGGUGAAGAGGCGGUUCGGGCGGUGCCCCUACUGCCGCGCCAUGAUCUACCAGGACCCCAAGGCCGUCAUCUACUACUGCAGCAAGUGCCGCACGCCCAUCCGAGGCAAGAACCCGGAACCGACGGACGAAGCCGAGUACGCGCUCUCGCAGCUCGAGAUCCUCUCCGCCGACACCGCGUCGGUGUUCUCCGACGAGCCGGAGAUGCUGAGCCGGACGUCCUCGGUCGCAUACGGCGGCGGCGAGCAGCCUCCGGUGCGGACCAGUUCGGCUCCCUAUGCAGCGUUCGAUCGAGGCAGCCGAGAGAUGGAGUUCAAUUCGGCGAGGACUGGUCCAAGAAGUGGCGUUCUGGAUGGCGGCGAGCAAUCGGGCGAUGAGAGGCGCGGGUCGCCGAUGCACAGCCGCGUCAGCGAACUCCGGCCGUCCUCGCGGAGAACCAGGCGGCCGAUGAGUGGCGACAUGGACGCGUCGAGGGAUUAUGGAUCAAGCUAUGGCUCAGAUAACGACGUGCCGACAUCCGCCGCGAGUUACCGCCGCCGGGCGUCACCGCUGAGCUCCCAAGAACUGGACUCGUCGUCGAUGGGUUCGUCGGGAUACCAACCGUCCGGUGCCUCGUCGUCGACGAUGGGGUUGUCGUCAGGGUACGAAACUUCCGGUGCCGUGAGGUCGCCGCUGACGAACCCGGCGUUCCAGAGGGACCUGCUCCAGGCGCUCGACAACCUCCGGAGGGUCAUCGCCGCCGUCGAGCAGCCGUACGGCGUCGAGACGCCCCUGCAGCAAGCCGGGAUGCCUCCGAAGAGCGCGUCUUGCAACGACGGCGCCGGCGCCUACACCGCAGUCACGCGCCGCAACUCCCGCCUCAUGCGCCGCCUCGAGUCGCAGCUCGUGCAGGCGCUGCCCCGGGAAGCCCUGCGCCGAGACGCGAGCACCUCCUCGUCCUCGUCGGCGUCGAGCAGCCGGCCCGGCAGCGACCGGCACAGGGCGCGGAAGCACCACUGCCGCGCGAUACUGGGCGGCACGCCGUUCGUCGUCUGCGACAAGUGCUCCGAGAUACUGCAGCUGCCGGCCGCCGUAGCCGUGGACAGAACGGCCAGGCUGGAGUGCGGCGCCUGCGGGCAUGUCCUGUCCAUCAAGCUGCCGGCGGCCGGUGGCUCGACGGACCGGCCCAAGAAGAUAUUUUCCGCGCCGCAGCCCGCCAUUCGCGGCCGCGAAGACGAUGACGCGGAGGAGGAUCACGCGCUCGCGAGGAGCAGCUUGAGCGGCGACCAGCGAUGGCCGGCCGAGGGGCCGCUCCACCGCAUGCUCGGCUACAGCACGGUGAGCUCCGUUUUCCGCAGCCGGCGGCAUGGAGAGCACAGCUGAGCAUUCAUUUGAAUUUUUUCCCCUUCAUUUGUUUUACAAGAUGAGAUUGCGAUUUACACUGUAAAAAUUGUAAACGAUUCUUCAUUCUUUUGUGGGUGCGUCUUUGAUUCAUACAAUUGAAUGGUGUCAACAUGCCGAUUUUUUGUUUUCGUCGAAAAUUGUAAAGGUGUGCUUCAUGUCACAUAUCGGCUAUGAUUAGUUGAGAUAAGAUUGAUAAA